UACAGUAAUGCCUGUAGCAGGGACGGUGCUGUUGCUCGCGACUCUCCUCGUCAUAAAUGAACAACACGGAAUGUAAACUGCACACACCUCAAUGAAGAUUUAUUGGGGGCCAAUUUGGCGGAGUCCUGGUUGAGUGGACGUCCUUCUAAACCGCCACUGGGAGCGCAAGCUACAGAAUGGAUGACGGGGACAGGCUUGGAGGUCUUAAAACACAUGUAUUGCGUACCUCGGGCCUGAUCCAAUCUGUGACAGAACUCUUGAGAGAAAAUAUAUAGCAUUCAAGUGGAUGUACACACGAGUAUGGAUAUAAAACGGGUGUUUUUAAGCGGAUACAUUGGACACCCAGACAGCAGAUCGUGAUAGUGCAGAAGGGUCGCCACUGGAGCCGAUCCACUAAAAACCAUCUUCGUUUUGCUGGAAUGGCAAGAGAUUUUUGCAGACUUCUUGGAGCUAAUUUUGUGCUUCUAAUUUUCAUUAUCUGUGAACACGGGGUCACGUGUGCAAACUCACCGAAGUAUGAAUUUGAGAUUGACUUACAACACAGCACUAUUCCAUGGCACCACUGUCCUGAAGGGUGGAGAAAACAUGGUAGGAAGUGUUACAAAUUGAUUACUAAUGCUACAUCCUUUGAAGAAGCAGAACACUACUGUCAAAGUUUUGGAGGUACCCUUGCAAGACUAAAAGGGUUCAACAAGAACAAAGGCAUUGGCCGGAUUAUACGCGAUUUGGUUCCUCUUAAUCAAUUGGACAACUUAAAACUAAACCCAGAACAGCUGCAGAAUGCUAUAGACUUUACAUGGAUAGGGUUCAAGCGAGACAGUGACGGGAAGUACGCUUGGUCUGAUGGCAAGUCUAGUGUGGAACAGCAAGGGUUCUGGUCCCCAGGAAAUCCACCACCUUUUGUUAAAGGAAAGGAUCAUGGCAGGUGCUGUGAUUUCAACACAAAGUUGGGAAAAUUUGGUGAAUUUCGCUGGAGUCUGCGUGGCUGCUCACAGAAGCGUUGGUUUAUGUGUGAGACGAAAGCCUGCAACAAGCAUGAGUACCGGUGUAGUAACGGCCGUGGCUGUUACUGCAAGGGUUGGCAGUGUGACGGUGAACAGGACUGUGAUGAUGGAAGCGACGAGAAAGGCUGUGAUGCUGGAACGGAUUGUGGAGGCGUUUUUUCAGGAGACGAAGGGACAUUCCAUUCCCCUAACUAUCCCAAGAAGUAUCGCAAGUAUUCUGAUUGUGCCUGGCAAAUUGAGACAUCGGUGGGCACUAAAGUUCAGCUGGAGUUCAAGUCAUUUGACAUUGAAUCCAAGUAUGACUAUGUACAAGUGUUUGAUGGUACAGGGACAGACGCGGCAGAUCUGGGACGUUUUACUGGCGACAAGAAGCUGACAGUCCCUCUCACGUCUAGCAACUUUCUUCUAGUCAAAUUUAAAUCUGAUCAUUCCAAGGAGAAAACUGGCUUUAAUGCAAAAUGGCAUGCUGUCUCAUUUACUGGACCAAAAGAUUCCUGUGGUGGAGAGCUCACUGCCACGAGAACCCCAAACUGGGUUACCUCCCCUCGGUAUUCAGACAACUAUCCAGAGAAUAUUGUGUGUGACUGGAUAAUAACAGCUGAAAAUCCCACAGAUAUCAUAACGUUACAGUUCACAGACUUCCAGCUGGAGAGCCCCUAUGACUGGGUAGAAGUGCGGGAUGGAGCUACAGAAGAAGAAAACAUGUUUGAACGGUUCACCGGCGAUCAGCUACCAAAGAUUAUAAUGUCCAGUCAGCAGACUCUGUUUAUGCGGAUGAGCACCGACUUCACUACUGUUAUGAGAGGCUUUAAUUUAACUUACAUGAGUGGUUGUGAUGUAACAGUGAAAUCUGGUCAUGCCAAAGUCGAGUCUCCGGGUUAUGGUGUUAAUAAUUACCCCAACAACUUGAAUUGCUCGUGGACGCUGGUUGAUCCCGAGCUCCGUGAGUUGUCUCUCAUCUGUGACCCCAGGUUCAACACAGAACACAAUGCAGAUGUUUUAAAUGUUCAUAAUUCUAGUCACGAGUCGUCUGAUAACAAACUUGCAGAACUCUCAGGGACAGUUUCUCCGAGCCCUCUACGAAGCCUUAGUGGCAAGUUCUUCCUCCGCUUCACGACAGACGACCGAAUCCGAAGACCAGGCUGGACCUGUGCAAUAUCAUUUGACUGUGAAGCAAUACAUACUGUCCCACCACUGAGGGCCAACAGCACGGCGGCUGCGUACCGGGCUGUGGUGGGCUAUAGCUGUGAUGAAGGCUUCCUGCUCAAGGGAACGUCUUACCAAAUCUGUGAUAUCAACGGCAAGUGGAGACCAGAACAGCCUCCUAAUUGUGCAAUCAUUAGUUGUGGCUCUCCUAGUGUGCCGGACAAUGCAGUUCUAGUCAGUCUUGACAAGAUCACGUACGGAGGGGUUGCUGUAUAUAGAUGCAUCGAAGGUUACGAUCUUGUUGGAGACAGCAGUAUUACGUGUACAGCCAGCGGAUGGGAGUCUCUGCCUAUCUGUGAAAUAAUAACCUGUGCGAAGGUGAACCCUCCAGAGAACGGCCGCGUGGACUCUGAGGAGAACCACUAUGGCGCGGUGAGGGUGUACUACUGUGAUAAAGGAUUCUACCUGGUCGGAUCGGCACAGGCCCACUGCCAGGCCAACAGAACCUGGUCCACCGAUGUACCACAGUGUCUGCCAUAUAGCUGUCCAGCAGUAAUUGGAAUUCUGAAUGGAACAACAAACUCAACGGGUCGAGUGUUGGUGGGGCAGACAGUUGUUGUGUUCUGCGAUGCUGGAUUUACUUUGGAUGGAGACAACAUGCUAACCUGCCAGCAGAGUGGAACAUAUGAUAAGUCAACGCCAACCUGCAAAGACAUUAAUGAAUGUAGAAAUGAUUCAACAAACACAUGCAGACCACAUCAGUGUCAAAACCUUGAUGGCAGUUACCGGUGCUCGUGCAAUCCAGGUUACGAUUUUCCAGCUGCAUCAGAGAAAAGAUGUGAAGAUAUUGAUGAAUGUGCUACUGAAAAUGGUGGCUGCAGUCAAAACUGUACCAACAAACCAGGCUAUCGUGAAUGCAGUUGUUACCCUGGUUUCAAGCUUUUUGAAGGGCCAGACCCCAUCAUCAUUGAUGGACAGUUACUGUUGCCUUUCAAAACAUGUAUAGCACCCUGUGACUUGUUCAGCGUUGCAGGAGGUCUCAUUUUCUAUGAUGGAACCCCGCUUCCUGAUGGAACCUACAUUCACCCUACUCGUGCAUACAUCAGCUGUCCGCCUGCCCAUGUACCCAAUGGUCCAUCGUCCGUACAGUGUAGAGAAAGUGGUGGCUGGACAGCCAUGGUGACUACCUGUAAUGCCACCCUGUGUCCACUGCUGGAUAGUCCACUGAAUGGAGCCGUGUCUGCAACUGGUCGAAACCCUGGAAGUAUUGCCACAUACUCGUGUAAUCUGGGUUUUUUGCUGGACGGUCCUGAUAAACGAUUCUGUGAACUUCAAGAAAACACUGAAACAAAACAUCCUGAACACAACUGGUCUGGAAGCAAGCCUUUCUGCCCAGCUGUUGACUGUGGAGUCCUGGCUGCCCCAGAGAAUGGUGACGUGUCCCACUCAGGGACUGGGUACGGGGAUGUGGCCGUCUUCAGCUGUCUGUGUGGCUACCAGUUGGAGGGAUCCGUCCUUAGGACGUGUGGGGCCACUGGAGUCUGGAGUGGUAACAACACGGUCUGCAACAUCAAAGUUUGCCCCAAGCUGUCACCACCAGCGUUUGGAUCAAUUAUUGGUGCAUGGGAUAAAUUCUUAGUGGGGUCCAUUGUGGGUUUUCAGUGUGAUCGACCAGGUUAUGAAUUAUCAGAUCCAUGGCCUCUUGAAUGCUUAGCAGAAAAGAAUACAAGAAUUUCAGCUGAGAAACCAGAGCACUGGUUAGCAAUUGAUAUCAGCUUGGAGGCUACGUCCACCAUCAAGGAAUCAUGUUUGCUGUAUUACAACUGGGAGACUAUACGCAACCUGCAGAACUGGACCUCAGAGCUGCAACAACUUUGUACUGACUUUGACUCUCACAUCAAAGUUCUCCUCUUGUUUCAAGCCGAUAGCUCAGAAAAUACGGUAAAUGUAGAAGUAUUCAUGACGUUCAAGGCUCAAGAUGGACAGGCAAUGUCUACAGCAUGCAGGUGCAGUGCUGCCAUCAUGGACUACCUGUCGGCUACAAGCACCAAUACAGACAGGUUGAAUAUCCCCGAAUCGGAGGAGCUACACUGCCCUGCGGUCACACCUCGUGAGGGAGGUGUCAGUGAUGGAGGAAGCAAGUGGAAAUGUCCUCCAGGUCUGAUCUUAGACGGUGGCUUGGCUAAUUCUACAUGUGAAGACAGUCUACCAAUGUGCAAAGAAGAAUGCCUGGAUGAGAUUGUUCCUCCAACUCCGUCCUCUGCUACUGAGACCACAACCAUGACAAUUCAGACCACGCUGUCUCCAACAUAUUCAACAACUUCAACCUUGUCAACUGUGUCUACAACACGUAUCACUACUGCUAAACCGUCUGUAUCUACCUCACAGACUACAUCCACGUUGAGUACAGCUGAUACAACAACUAUAAGAUCUAUCAUUAGCACAUUAUCGACCACUGCAGCCACUCCAAACACGACAUCUAGCACAGAUUCAUCAACUUUGACAUCACUUUCAACUGAGGAAACUACUUCAGAGAUAACUGUAACAACAGCAUCCACCACCAAGAGACCAACUACUGAAGGCCCACCAACACCAGGUCCAACAUCUUCAUCAACGGUGUCUACUACAACUCGGAGACCAACUACUGAAGGCCCACCAACUCCAGGUCCAACAUCUUCAUCAACGGUGUCUUCUACAACUCAGAGACCAACUACUGAAGGCCCACCAACUCCAGGUCCAACAUCUUCAUCAACGGUGUCUUCUACAACUCAGAGACCAACUACCAAAGGCCCACCAACUCAGAGACCAACUACUGAAGGCCCACCAACACCAGGUCCAACAUCUUCAUCAACAGUGUCUACUACAACUCAGAGACCAACUACUGAAGGCCCACCAACACCAGGUCCAACAUCUUCAUCAACAGUGUCUACUACAACUCGGAGACCAACUACUGAAGGCCCACCAACUCCAGGUCCAACAUCUUCAUCAACAGUGUCUACUACAACUCGGAGACCAACUACUGAAGGCCCACCAACUCAGAGACCAACUACUGAAGGCCCACCAACUCAAAGACCAACUACUGAAGGCCCACCAACUCAGAGACCAACUACUGAAGGCCCACCAACUCAGAGACCAACUACUGAAGGCCCACCAACUCAGAGACCAACUACUGAAGGCCCACCAACUCAGAGACCAACUACUGAAGGCCCACCAACUCUAGGUCCAACAUCUUCAUCAACGGUGUCUUCUACAACUCGGAGACCAACUACUGAAGGCCCACCAACUCAGAGACCAACUACUGAAGGCCCACCAACUCCAGGUCCAACAUCUUCAUCAACGGUGUCUUCUACAACUCAGAGACCAACUACCGGACGUCCAACAACAGCUACACCACCAUCUACUACAAAAGACACUAGUACAACACUGUCCACCACAUCUAAGAGACCAACCACGCAGGCUCCAAGUACAGAAAAACCAACCACAGAGCUGUCGUCUACAACAACACAGAGGCCAACAACACAGAGGCCAACAACACAGAGGCCAACAACACAAAGACCAACAACUCAAAGACCAACAACACAAGCACCACCUGUAGAAGACAAGAAACCGGUGUACGUGGUAGAGUUUAUCGACACGCUCACCGGGAACUUCUCCAACUCGACGUGCCUGGACGAGGUGCACAGUGCCAUCAACACCAAGGUCAACGAACUGCUCAUGGAGUUCUCUAACGGCAUCGGCACCACCUACUGCAAUGGCAGCGCCGACAUCCGCAUCCUCCUCAUCUCAGGCAUCAUCAAGUUCACGGUCGCAAAGGCUGAAAUUACAGUGAUUUUGGGCCUGUCGUAUAUAACAUCAUCAAACUCUACUGUUAAAUCCUGUGGUGGUGAACUUGUCACAUUCGUGAAAAACAAUUUCCCAUCAUACUUGUCAGAAAUACAGGAGGAAGUUGUUCCAGCGUUCUGCCAUGACGUUGACUACGAGGGACCUUGCAAUGUGACCCGUGAAGAUUGGGACUGCGAGGAAGGCUAUCGAUUUGACAGAGCCAGGUGGAUCUGUGUUGCCAUGCCAACAACAGCAUCUACAACCAGCCUCUCAACAUCACCAACAACAACAACAGCCAUGACAUCCACUACUGCUAGUCCUCCCCACCCAGUUGACAGUGUUCCAAGAAUGGUGAUCACGUUCAAAGGAUCAUUCCAUGCCGUAGAUAACGAGCAGUACUGUUUAGACCAGUACCAUGAUGGCUUGAUACAUGUUCUGAGGGAGUUCAUUGAACCAGAAGUGAACACACGGUUUAAUUCAAUGUGCAAAGACAUUCACAUCGUCAUCACCAGGAACCUCAGUCUGUCAAGACAAACACAUUCUCAAAAGAUUGACGCUUCCCAAAAGGUUCAUUUCCUGCCUCUGACUGAUCAGAUGGAUUUCCCAACAAUGCAUUUAUGUGGAGGGUACAUUGCCUCAGCAUUUGAGGUUCCAAGUCGCCAUUUGGAUACGAUAACACUGGGAUCAAAUUACACACACAACUGUUCUGACAUUACCCUCCAGCCCGACAAGCUGACCACUUCCAAAGACAGCAUAGAAUACUACUGUCCAGAUGGCUAUAUCUAUGAUAAGACCAACUAUAGGUGUAUUGAAGAAAGUGUUGCUACUCUAUUGACCUCCAUUUCUGUGGACCUGUCCACAAAGACUCGUAGCAAUAGAAGGUGUAUGACAGAACUUCAGACAUAUGCUCAGAAAAGUGUCAACACUGUUGUCGAUGAACUGGCUACUGUGUUGAGAAAUGGUCAGCUCUGUAGCACCUUAUCACAAGUGAUUUUCAUAGUGAAACCAGGACAGAUCACUGGCCGUGGUAAAGAUGUUUCUAUAAUUACACCGAUUGGGUUCCUGAGUCUUGAUGAUGUUCAUGAUGAUGUCCGAGCUUGCAUAGAAAAUGCUCGCAGGUUUCUGAAGAAGAAAUAUGUUGAAACACUGCUGACUGCAGUGAACAACGUUUCUGAAAGAUGCCAGACCACGUUAAAUGAGAACAGUUUCAGCAUGGAGGUCAGGCAGUGGGAAUGUUUUGAUGGAUGGACCUACGAUGUGUCAUCACAGCUCUGUACUAUCACACCAUCAGAUUCACAGAGUGAAGGAAAACGAAGUAAGAGGAAUGUGAACAUGAAAGUGUCUUCUUUUAACCAGGACAAACCACCAUACUGGAAUUCCACUGUGCCACAGUGUUUAGACAGGACACCUCCAGAGUUCAUCGGUUGUCCGACCCAAGACAUUCUGGUGAAGCUGGGACCUGCAGGGCCAGUCCCUGUCAACAUCACUCUUCCUUCUUUCAAAGACAACUCUGGCUCACCACCAAGCAUUUCCUUCAUUCCAGAAAACUUCAGUUUGCCCUAUCUCUUUACCACAAAUAGCACAGUGCGUAUGAUCGCCAAGGACAGUUCUGGAAACAUCGGUGAAUGUCAUCUGAAUAUUUACUUGAUUGAUAAUAUUGCACCCAGAAUUACUUGUCCCUCUGAUGUUGUCAUUGAGCUGUACAAGACCAACAAGUCGGAUGUUGAAUUCAACCUGCAGCAUCUUGUGAUCAAUGCCUCUGACUACAGUGGAAUAGCAAGACUUGACUUCACCCCUCCAUUGGGAACCCUCAUACGACUCCUGGAAGCGUUUGUGGUCACAGUCACGGCAUAUGAUUAUGCAGGAAAUAGUGCAUCUUGUGAAUUUGUUUAUGAGGCUCAACCUGCUGGCUGCCCUGAGUGGAGUCUUCCUACACCAGACGGUGGCAGCAAGGCAUGCACUGGUAUCGUCCCUGGCAACGAUUCCUCUGGUUACAGCUGUCAUGUCAGAUGUCCACCCAAGAAGGACUUUGUCACCGAUCCACCAGACCAGUACCUGUGUAUUAUCGGAGGCUCAUGGAUACCUCAUAACUACGUUCCUGACUGCACUGAGAAGGUUCACCCAGAUUAUGGAAUGGAAUUAAACUUUACCUUCACAUUUGAUGGUGUUUGGGAUGAAGAUUGUGAACGGGAAGUAAAAAAUAAACUGAUGGAUGUUUUAAGACCUAUAGUUAAUGCUUGUAGUUCAGCCGACUUUGCACUGAAUGUCACAGCAAAGUAUUCCUUUAUAACAACUGAAAAUCAGAUGAAGGUCUCUGUGCAGAUUUAUAUUAUUGUGAUCAAUAAUACUGAUAUAGCAUAUGGACUGGCAAAGUCUUGUGGCAACUUGAUUAUGCGUCAAGCAGAUGAACUGGGAGACCUUAACAUAACUGUCGAGAGCUGCGGGAAUGUCACUCACCAACCUCCCUGUGGCAGUGGUGGAAAGGAAGAAUGUCCACCUGGACACAUUCUCAAAAAAGACUAUUGCUUGGCGUGUACUGCUGGCACAUAUGCCAACCAGAGUAAGAACAUCUGUGAGAGCUGCAGUAAAGGGUUUUACCAGGAUGUCAAGGGGCAGCCUGUAUGCAAGAAGUGUCCAGAUGGAACGUCAACUAAGGACAUCCAUGCCAAGAAUGUUUCCCAGUGUAUUGAACUUUGCAAACCCGGAGAGUUUUCCAAUACUACAAUGGUUCCAUGCAACAAGUGUCCAGUUGCAUCUUACCAGCCAAACAAUGGAUCCACUGAAUGCAUUGAUUGUCCCAGUGGUCGUGAGACAGAGGACUCGGGGUCAACAUCAGAGGAUGAAUGCAAAGCCUUCUGUAUUCCUGGUUACGUCAGUUCAAAUGGGCUGGAGCAAUGUGUCCCCUGUCCGAAAAAUACUUACUCUAGUGCGCCACGUUCGAAAUACUGCACACAGUGUCCCCCAGACAAAGUGACCAUCAAUGAUUCCAGCAGCAGCAUCGACGACUGUGUCAAGAUUGAUCAGUGUGAAAAUAAUAAUUGUCAAAAUGGAGCAACAUGUGUUGACAGGUGUCGGUUUUAUCAGUGUGUUUGUGCUCCAGGCUUUACAGGACCGCUGUGUGAGACCGAUAUUGAUGAAUGUAGCAGCUCUCCGUGUGUCAAUGAAGCAACUUGUCAAGACGAGGUGGCUAACUACACUUGUGACUGUCCUAAAGGUUACCAAGGAAGACACUGUGAGGAAGAAGUUGAUGACUGCCGGUCUGGUCCGUGUUUGAAUGGUAUCUGUGUGGACGAGCACCUGACCUACCACUGUGAAUGUUACCCGGGCUACACUGGUCAGCAGUGUGAGAUAAACAUCGACGAGUGCCAAAGCAACCCGUGUGUAAAUGGAAUCUGUUACGAUCUCAUUGACGGCUUCUACUGUGAUUGUCGGGACACUGGUUUUGAAGGCACUGUGUGUGAUGAAAACGUGGAUGACUGCUGCGUGUGCAGUUGUUUGAAUGGAGCUACAUGCAAUGACCACAUCAAGGGCUUCACUGCACAUGUCCUCCAGGGCCAGGUGCAUGAAAUUAUGUGUUUCAGUGGAGAGCGGUGUGAGAGAAAUAUCGAUGAAUGUGCUUCCAGUCCUUGUACACAUGGCAACUGUGAAGAUCUCCACAAUCAGUACAGAUGUAUAUGUCAGCCUGGGUAUGAAGGCACUAACUGUGAGGACAUUGUGGAUGAAUGUAGACAGUGGCCGUGUGAAAAUGAUGCCACCUGCACCAGCUUCCUUGGUGGUUAUAACUGUACUUGUCCAUCAGGUUUUACAGGUAGAAACUGUGAAACAAACAUUGAUGAUUGCUACAUGUGUUACAAGCCAGGUACACUCAGGUGCCAAGAUAGCAUCAACAGCUAUGUGUGUCAGUGUCUGCCACAUUGGACAGGGAACAAAUGUGAAGCCACAAUGGAUCCAUGCUUUGAAAAACCAUGUGAAUCUGGUGGGACUUGUGUGAAAAUCGAUCACAUGUACCGCUGCUACUGUGCACCAGACUACACUGGAACUCACUGCCAGAUCAAAAUAGACGACUGUCAGUCACUGCCGUGUUUGAAUGGGGCUACCUGUAUUGAUGAGAUCAAUGGUUUCACAUGCCAGUGCACAUCUGGUUUCAGAGGACAGUACUGUGCAGAGAAUAUUGAUGAAUGUCACUCCAGUCCUUGCUACAAUAAUGGUUCAUGUAGUGAUAUCAACAAUGGCUACAUUUGCAGCUGUCCACCAGGAUGGAGUGGUGCCCGAUGUGAGGAGAACAUUAACGACUGUGCCAGUCUGCCCUGUCAGAAUGGCGCGACGUGUCACGACGCCGUCGAUGAUUACAGCUGCUUUUGUUCUAAAGGUUAUGAAGGGAAAUCUUGUGAAGAUGAAAUCAAUGAGUGUGAAUUGAUGCCGUGUAAAAAUGGCGCCACGUGCACUGAUAAAAUAGGCGACUUUGAGUGCCAGUGUGCUGACGAGUUUGAAGGUUCUCUGUGUGAUAAGCCUAUUGACGACUGUCUCUAUAACAACACCUGUUUGAAUGGGGCCACUUGCCAAGAUGGGUGGAGAUCGGUCACGUGCAUCUGUCCACCAUUUUUCAUGGGAGAUGACUGUGGAAAGGAAAAAGACGAUGACUAUGAUAUGCUGUGUCAGGGACAGAAUGGCUCCCUGUGUCGCCCGCCUCCAGUGUAUGCCCCAAAUAUCACCCAGCUGUCGGUCUGUCUGUGGGUUAGGUUUGCAGAAGUUGGUGGAAAUGGAACAUACCUGACUUUGCUUCAAGUUAUUGAAUCUAACAACAAUAGUACAGAUGAAGGCGCUCGCAUCAUGCUGGAGAUGACUGCUGACAAAGUAAGUGUGAUGUUAUUCAGUGACGUCAACGGUGUGGAUGUGGAGACUGGUGUCAACGAUGCAGUUUGGCAUCACGUCUGUUGGACAUAUGCCGAGGAGUCCUGGCAGCUCUUUGUUGAUGGUGCUGUGCUGCAUUCUCAGAAAGAGACCAGAUCUAGUCAACAGUUAGCAGAAAGAUUCCAACUGUUUUUGGGCCAGAAGUAUGAGGAGAUUAACGGUGACAACCAAUUCCGUGGUGAGCUGAGUCAGGUGAACGUCUACAGCUACGCUUUAAAGCAGUCUGUCAUCGAGGACAUGGCCAACAACUGCUCCACCGGUCGCAGGUCCGGCAACAUCUACAACUGGGUCAUUAUGAACACCUACAUAGAAAACGAUGUGCAGAUUGUGCGACCAGCACUGUGUGGGCAGUCACAGUGUCCACCUGGAUAUCGUGGGACGUACUGUGACAUUAAGAUAGACAAGCACCCCCCGCAGGUUGAAUACUGCCCUGAUGACCUUGAUUUGACGAGCCCUACUCGCCUCACUGCAGUGAUGUGGGAAGAACCUGUGUUUACUGAUGAUGUGGGAAUAGUGGAUAUCCAGAAGACUCAUAGAUCAGGUCAGACAUUUUCCUAUGGGGAAUACAUUGUCAGUUACGUAGCAUAUGAUGCUGAAAACAACUCGGUUGAAUGUGACUUUGGAAUCAUCAUCAAACCACAAGACUGUGCGGAGCCCCCAGCCCCAGUGUUAGGUGGUAAAGUGUGCAGUGCCUGGACCCAUGGACACUACUGCUCUGUAGCAUGUCCUGACAACUAUGACUUUGCCGAGUUUCCACCUCCGUUCUAUCGCUGUGGUUUGGAGGGAUUCUGGGACCCACCUCGAGGAAAUCCUUUCCGCUUCCCUGCAUGUUCAGCUCUGUUUCCACCCAGUGAUUGCUUGCUGGGAGGAUCAGCUGGUUUUAGUGGGCCAGAAUGCAGUCCUGAAUUCAGGAAGAGCCUGCGAGAAAAGUUUAUAAACAUCAUGAAGGAGCUGGACGCCCGGCUGGGCCUUUGUGUGCCCGACAACUGCACGUAUGAUGAUAUCGAGGUGGUGUGUGACAUGCCCGCAGCUGUGAGAGUCCGGCGGGCGAAAACCACUGUUUCCUUUACCGUCACGUUUAAUGUGAACAUAUCACCCGACAGUGCUGCUCUGCAGAAUGAAAAUAUUAACUUUGUUGCCGAGGAACUAGAGUCGCUGGUAAAACACAGCACAUUUGAGGAUUUCACGGCUGAUCUGUCAUCAUUCCGGUCUUCAGUACAGCUGACCUGUCUCGAAGGUCAAGUGUUGAGAACUCUGGCAAACAACAAGAGACGAUGCUUGGACUGUCCUGUGGGGUCGUUCUACAACAACGCUACUGGUUCCUGUGAGCUGUGUGGAGAGGGCAUGCACAGCAGUUUGGAACGGCAGACACGUUGCCAGGUUUGUCCUCGGGGAAAGACAACUGGAGCUCCAGGAGCAGUGAACCAAACUGACUGCUAUGACAACUGCACUGUGGGUUAUUAUUACAACACAGCAGCUGGUGAGUGUAGACCGUGUUUAAAGGGAGACUACCAGGAUGAAGCGGGUCAGCUGCGCUGCAAGUCAUGUCCGGUUGGUACGACCACCGAGAACGAGGGAGCAGACUCAGUGAGGCUGUGUGCAAACUUAUGUCAACUGGGAGAAGAACUUGGGGCCUCUGGUGAAUGUGUUCCAUGUGCAGUAGGGUCAUACAAGGACAACCUUGACCUUCUGUUCUGCUUGCCAUGCAACUAUGGCUGGACGACUGCAGAUGAAGGGGCAACAUCUAAGGAGGAGUGUACAGUUGCUCAUUGUGCACGGGGGCAAUUCCCUGCAGCAGACAACACUUGUGAGCUGUGUCCAGUCGGAACCUACAACCCUUUCCCUGGACAAACCAAGUGCACACCGUGUGGCCCGGGCAGAACUACACCAAUAAAGGGAGCCAUCUCAGAAAGUCAGUGUAUCAACGGUCCCGUCAGUGAGUGCGACUUUGAGAUUGACAACUGCCAUGACAACGCUACCUGUCAUGACCUUGAAGAUGGCUUCUACUGUGUCUGUAAUUUUGGAUUUAAUGGAACAGGAGUGAUUUGUAAAGACAACUGUGAGGACUUUGAUUGUGUUCAUGGCGAUUGUACCUACAACAACCUAGGCAGUGCGAUGUGCAUCUGUUAUGAUGGGUACAUGGGAGAUAACUGUGACCAACCGUCGGAUAGUCUGUCUUCCAGUUUGUCAGAUGUAGCUGUUGGUGGAAUAUCUGGAGCGGCUGUAGCAUUAGUGAUCAUAGUCCUAGCUGUUGCAGCAUACGUUUACAGGAGAUUGAAAGGUGGUAAAGAUUUUCAGAGCUCGUACCGAAUCCACCGAGACAGUUACCAAGCUCCUGCAUUUGCGUAUCAGAACAAUGCCUACGACAGCAUGGAUAUUCAGAGUUCAGUUCUGAUUAACCGCCUGUACGACCACGACUCGAACUCUUCUUCCUCCGACAUCCCGCCGUGGACCAAGAGUGUGUUCAGCUCUCCAGCAGAGGCGGAGUCUGAUGGAGAAUGGAGUGAUUUUGAGAUGCAUCCAUUUGACUACAACAUCAAUAACAGAACACCGUCAGUGUCAGAUGAUUCACACUUCUCAUACUUCUGAUAGUGAGAUGCGCGUCUUACAGAACUACUUCUGAUGUCCCAUUCCAGAGGUUAGCUGUCUCCUCGUGUAGUCAGCAAGUCAUGGUGGAUCCUCAACCAGUCUACUGAUUAUGCUGAUCAGUAAGCCGUGGUGGAUCCUCAACCAGUCUACUGAUUAUGCUGAUCAGUAAGCCGUGGUGGAUCCUCAACCAGUCAACUGAUUAUGCUGAUCAGUAAGCCGUGGUGGAUCCUCAACCAGUCAACUGAUUAUGCUGAUCAGCAAGUCAUGGUGGAUCCUAAACCAGUCAACUGAUUAUCCUGAUCAGCAAGUCAUGGUGGAUCCUCAUCCAGUCAUCUAAAUAUCCUGAUCAGCAAGUCAUGGUGGAUCCUCAGCCUGUCAGUCAGUGGUGGUAUAUCCUCUACCAAUCAUACAUGUAAUUCUUCUGAUCAGCAAGUCAUAUUGGAUCCUCAUCCAGUCAUCUAAAUAUCCUGAUCAGCAAGUCAUUGUGGAUCCUCAUCCAGUUAACUGAUUAUUCUGAUCAGCAGGUCAUCCUGGAUCCUCAGCCUGUCAGUCAGUCACUGUGGAUCCUCAUCCAGGCAUCUGAAUAUCCUGACCCACAAGUCAUGGUGGACACUUAGCCAGUCAUCUGAAUAUCCUGAUCAGCAAGUCAUGGUAGACACUUAGCCAGUCAUCUGAAUAUCCUGAUCUGCAAGUCAUGGUGGACACUGAGCCUGUCAUCUGAAUAUCCUAUUCAGCAAGUCAUGGUGGAUCCUCAUCCACUCAUUUAAAUAUUCUGAUCAUCAAGUAAUGAUGGAUCUUCAACCAGUCAACUGUAUAUCCUGAUCAGCAAGUCAUGGUAGAUCCUCACCCAGUAGCUAAUUAUCAUGAUCAGCAAGGCAUAGUGGAUCCAGUAUCUAAUUAUCCUGGGGCCUAAUUCACUAAACUCUCGCAACUUUGAGAUCUCGCAGUUCAGUGCUAAAAGACUUGCAAAGAGUAUGCUAAAAUACUUUUGUGAAUUAGGCUCCUGAGCACUAAGCCACAGUGAAUUGUUGUCCAGUCAUCUUUAUCUUCUGAUCAAUAAGUCAUGGUCGAUCCUUAUCCAAUUUCUAAAUAACCUGAUCAGCAAAUCUAGGUGGAUCCUCAUCUAGUCAUCUAAAUGUUAUGAUCAGCAAGUCAUGGUGGACCCCAUUCCAUCCUAGACCUUAGCACUAGGUUACAUUAGUUCAUUCCAUACCAGCAGACUUACCAUUCAGAAACAUCUUGGCCAUUUGAACUGCAGAACUACAUGUGCCAUGUGUUGGAGAAUUAACUGUCUCAUAGAUUUCAAAGCACAAGAUCAUCAGACUUUGGUGUUUAGAUACUCCUAACUGUUAGUCUGGUAAAUGAUCCGAGUCCAUGUUAAUCACUUGGUGUGCUAGUCAUAAUCUAAUACUGAAUCCAUGACACAUACUGCAAUUCUUGAAGUCGUGUAAUGACCACACAUUGAGAUGAUCACACAAUGAAGAGGACUUUUUUUCUUUUUUUUUGAACCGAUUUUUGUGCUUGGUAUAUCCAAUUAAUGUUCAAGCAUGCUGUCAUGGGCACACACCUCAGCUAUCUGGGCUGUCUGUUAGUUGUUAGUGGUUAGUGAGAGA